AUGCAGAAACAGCGUAUCACUUUCGAUGCUGCGUACAAAUUUACCUUGUGGUAUUCGCUGCUUUGUGAGGCGCAGAGGGAUCGUGCGAAGUCUGUGGAGCGAGCCCGUCAUGGCUCACAUGUGAGAGAUGUGGCUUCUGUACUCGUGAGGGCAUCUUUACCUCGGCGAGCAUAUAAGAGUUGCUGCUUAGCCGGUGUGUGUGACCGCGACUCUCUAACACACAAAGCAGUGCAUUUUGGAAGACCCGAGGUGCACAUCACUCAUGGCGAGCGUGACGAUGUGUACCACUGCCUCGCUCACUCAACGGCAUGCAUUGGUCGCUCUGUUGACUUGUGCGUUAAGAACUACUGCUCUGCAGCACCGCUAUCUGGCGACUGUUAUGGUGGUUUGCGCUGCAUAAUUCAACAUUUGCAAUUGCGAAGCUUAACCUUUUCUAGCAUUACCAGCCUUCAUGAUGCGCAGCAAGUUGUCAACACGCUUAGCGCCGCGGUUAGAUGCGGCUUGAGGUGGCUGACGCGGCUUAGCAUCGGGGGCAUUCCCUUGUAUGCGGAUUUAGGGCCUCUACUGUACUCCCUGAGAGAAACAGAUGCGAUAACGGAGCUACGGCUUGAGGAGUGCGGCAUUGAGAAUGUUGAUGGCUUGGGGCACUACUUGAAGUCGUCCAAAAAGUUGCAAAAGCUUUCGUUGCGUGGGAACCAAGGGAUCUGUGGGGAUAUGAAGUCUUUGGCCGUUGCAGUCUCUUUGUGUUCGUCACUGCAAUCUUUCGACGCAGGGUUAUGCCGUUUGAAUGACACUCAUCUAAGUGAAUUUCUUCUUGGGUUGGACAACUUUCUUAAGCGAAGCUGCUUUUCACUGGAUAUGUCUAGCAACGUGCUGACCAAGACAUGUUUUUUGUGUUUCCUAGAGGCACCACUGGCCUUUCGCAGGGAAGUCACUCAACUUGACAUCAGUGGGCAUAAUUUUAACGGUGCAGGUGAUGGUGCUGCCGCCAUGCUGUUGGAACUUCCCGCGCUCCGUGGGGUUGUGUUUGACCGUUGCGACAUCGGGUCCCGAGAUGUCCAGCGGCUCGUCCGGGUUUUCACUCGAAAGGAUCGCACUUGGAGUUGCCUGUCAUUUCGAGGGAGCGCAUUGACUUUGAACGAUAUGAAACGGUUGGUAAUGACAACAUUUGCUGAACGGUCGCGUCUUUGUAUAGGAGGUAAUAAUAUUGGCGGUGGUAUCCAGAAGUUGUGUCUGAAUAUUGUGCUUCCUUUUUUAUGCGAGUUGGACCUCUCCUUGUGUGAUAUUGGUGACACUGGUGUACUACAGCUCGCUAACAGCAUCGAGAAGGCGCAGCCUGUCCCACUGCGUUCAUUGCGGUUAGACAACAACGGAAUCGGCGGUGAAGGCGUGAGGGGCCGUGGCGGUCUUCAGUUUCUCGGCAGGGCGCUGAGAUCAAGCUAUAGCCCAUGUCUUGAGGUGCUUUCUCUUGCACAUAAUAAACUUUCGCUAAAGCCACUGUUAACACUUGUGGAGCAGGUUUCAUCAACUCUACGCGAGUUGUGCAUUUCAUACACGCCCAUAGCUAGCGAUAGUUGCGAGAUGGCGGAUCUCGUUGGGCGCAUAAUGCGUCGUCAAAAAGGGAGUCAUGCAUUUGACGAAUUGGAUGUAUGGGCGCUGCGCUCUACUGAUCUUGAUAGCAGUUGCGGUAGCGAAGCAACGUCAUGGUUGGAGAGGCAGAGGGCUGUUCGUGUAAUCAUGGAAGCAAGGGUGUAA